AUGUGGUCCAUGGCCUUAUUAAUCAAUACUUCAACUUGGUCCGAAUUCAAACAUAAUUGGAAAUUAAUUUGUCUUGUUUUUCUUCAACUUCAUCUUGGUGAAAGCCAUGUUAACAGAGAAAAUCAAGAUACAUUGCUUGAUAAAAUAAACAAGAUUAAAUCUGAUACAAAUACUGUUGAAACUAUUAAAUCCAUUGAAUCUGCUGAAGAUGACAAUUCGAAAAAAGAAUCUCAAUUUGAUUCAUAUGCCUUCAAUGAUGAUGAUGAAGAAGAAUAUAAUACUGUUGAAUUAGAUAAAAAUUUUCCAAGAGUAACAAAACAAAAGAUAAUUGUCGACGAAGAACAAGAAGCAAAUGCCACCGAUUCACCGUUUAAAACUGACAUUAACCAAGUUUUUUACGAUGUACUUGUUGUUACUGGUAUAUCAUUAGAAGACGCUGUUGGUGCUGCCCCUCAAGGUAUUUUGAAGUGGUUUAAUCACUUAAGAAAUUAUUUUAUGCCAACAUUAGCUAUAUGGUCAAACUUGUUGCUUGGUGAUCUUACUCGUCAUCGUCGUAUUGUUCAAUCUUAUGAACGAAUACUUAUUAUGAAUCCGCAGCAACGAACAACAGCAAUUAGUGAGAGACGCAUGUGCAUCUUGAAGCGUACUCAAUUAGGCGGUCACAUUCAUAUUCGACUUGAUAUAUUACUCUCAAUUUUAGUACCUGAUAUGUUAACAAUGAUUGAUGAAUUUUCAAAUACUUUAUUUAAUUAUUGUACGACGCCUGCUAAUAAUUCAAGUAAUAGUGAUUCCAUGAUAUUGGAUGAACGUCGGUUGAAGCCAAUUCAAGAACGAUGGCGACAAUCAUGCAGCAAAAGAGGUCAUGGUCAUUAUACAAAAAGACCUGAUGAACCAGUGUUUACCGAUCUUGUUUCGUCUUUAUUAGCGUCUAGAAGCAAUGUUAAUGCUAAUCUUAAACUACCAUCAUUAUCUCCAGAUUGGUUAAAUAUUGCUAUUGGACUAAUUCUGUCAAUUGGAAAUAAUUCUCAUCAUUGUCAUCGUAUUUCAUCAUUAUCAUCAUCAAAUGUUUCUCCAUUGCUUGAUGCAAUUUCAACAUUUAUUGAAGAAUGGUCAAGUAAAACAACAAAUAAUACUCGUGCUGCAACAAUUGCAUUUAUCUUACCAAUAGAUGAAUCAAAUGAUCUUUCUGAACGUUGUACAUUUAUUCUUGAACAUAUUCUUAUUCCGUUAUUAUCAUGUAAAGUGAUUGUUGACAAAAUUCAUUCAUGUAAACAAUGUCAAUCUAUGGUAAAGAAGAGAAUGACAAUAACAUCAAUUCCAAUAUAUGUACCUACAACCGGUUUACAUAUUGAGCAUCAAAUUUCUGGAUUUUUCGCACCAAUUCUAUCGGAUAUACUCUGUUGUACAUGUAAUAAGCAAACAACUCGGCAUCUUGAAGUGGUUCAGUGGCCACCAGUAUUAAUUAUUAAUGUGAUUGAUUCGGACAAGAACUUUAAAUUACGAAAACCACCCGGCGUUCUUUCACUUAGUCAGUACUCCAGUUGGCAUGCUAUAGGUGUUGCAUCCUCCACCGUCUACGAUUUCAUAUGUUUCAGUAGCAUCAUAAGAUCUGGUAUAACUGAAAAAAUGGUACGAAUUACAAAGAUUAAAAGAAGCUGGUCUACAAGUGCCAACAAGCGAUUGAUUGGUAAUGGAGAAUAUCUGAGACGUCUUUUUGGUCAUUGUCGUAUUUUAAUUUUUGAACGCAUUAAUAAUCAAAAUACAGUAAAUAUAAUUCAUGCCAUCAAUCGAUGUUCAUUUGCUGAUCCUUCAAUUUUACUUGACAUCAUUCCGUAUUGCAUAACUCUUCAAGAAGCUUGUGCAAUAAUCGGGACAUAUCCUUCACUUAAUGAAUUAAAUGAUGUUCUCAGUGCUCAUACUAUCGCUGAUCGAAAUAUUAGACCAAAGAAUGCUUUCGAUUCGAACCUGAAACUGAUCGAUGUUAACAACAUUGAAUAUUCUUAUACACCACGUGCUAUUCUUUUGAUUAGCCGUUAUAGUGAUACAAUUUCGAUUAUAAAACAAGAAUCUAAUAAAUUUAUUCAAUAUGUUGGUAAUACAUAUUCAGAACCAAUUCCUCUGUCGUACUCAAAAAUGAUGGACUUAUUUGAUACUAGUGGUACAAUCUUAGUUUUUCAUUAUCAGAACCAAACUCCAACUGCUAAACCAUCCAUGCGAAUUGUAUCUUAUUCAAAUGUACAAGGUAUUCCACAAGUUAUCAUUCAAGAUGGUACUAGAUUCUUCUCAGUUAAACCGGUGCAAUCAAAGGCAUCAGAUGACAAAGAAUAG